CUUCCGGCGGAGCUCCUUGUUCCCCCCCGUUCCGGCCAGUUUCGCCCUUCGCGCUCGCACGUGCUCCCGCCGCCGAGAUGCAGGCUCUGCUCCGCUGGGGGCCCCGCGCCCUGGGCCCCGCCGCCCUCGGCCUCCGCGCCGCCGCGCCCUCCGCGCCCCUCCGGCAGCUGCUGCCGCCCGCGCCUCGGCUCUGCGUCCGGCCUUUCGGGCUGCUCGGGGCGCGCGCGGGGUCGGGGCGCAGGCUCGACCUCCUGCGGCCUCAAGGACCCUGCGGCUGCGGCUGCGGCUGCGGCUCGCUGCACACUGAAGGAGAUAAAGCUUUUGUUGAAUUUUUGAACGAUGAAAUUAAGGAGGAAAAGAAGAUACAGAAACACAAGUCCCUCCCCAAGAUGUCGGGAGGAUGGGAGCUGGAAGUGAAUGGAACCGAAGCGAAAUUAGUGCGGAAAGUUGCUGGAGAAAAGAUCACUGUCACUUUCAACAUUAACAAUAGCAUCCCGCCGACAUUUGAUGGAGAGGAGGAACCUUCCCAAGGACAGAAGGCAGAAGAACAAGAGCCUGAAUUGACUUCUACUCCAAAUUUUGUUGUUGAAGUUAUGAAGAAUGAGGGCAAGAAAGCCCUUGUGCUAGAUUGUCACUAUCCAGAGGAUGAGGUGGGGCAAGAGGAGGAAGAUGAGAGUGACAUUUUUUCUAUUAGAGAAGUGAGUUUUCAAUCCACUGGUGAAUCUGAAUGGAAGGACACAAAUUAUACACUCAAUACAGAUUCCCUGGACUGGACUCUGUAUGACCAUCUAAUGGAUUUCCUUGCUGACAGAGGAGUUGAUAACACAUUUGCAGAUGAAUUGGUGGAGCUUAGCACAGCCCUGGAGCACCAAGAAUAUAUUUCUUUCCUUGAAGACCUCAAAGGUUUUGUCAAGAGCCAAUAGAGCAAAGAUGACACCUUAAGGGCUGGAGCAAUAGCUGGAAGCCUUCCUCAAGGCUUAGGAACCCCAGCUGAACCCUGGCUUUCCAUAGGAUCACCUGAGCCUGCCAAGAGUGAUUCCUGAGUGCAGAGCUAGGAGUAACCUGAGAGUCAUUGGUUGUGGCUCAGAAGCAAAGAAAGAUAAUACCUUAACUUUAUGGCUAGCUUUGGCCAGUGAACAUGUAAUUUGAAAUGGUUUUCAUCCUUAUAUCAUGGAAAGUAAUUGAAAUUUAAAUUAUUUCUGUUCCCCUUUUAUUUGCUAUUCAUUUGUUCUCUACCAGUCUUAUUUCUAGAUUUUUAUAUAGUGUAAUUAUGAACAAUACAACUGAAUUUUAUUUCCUCCAAGAUA